AUGAAUCCCAAGAUAUCAGAUUUUGGUCUGGCUAGAAUUUUCGGAGUGAGCCAAACUAAAGCAAACACAAAAGGAGUAGUUGGAACCUAUGGUUGCUUGUCACCAGAAUAUGCAAUGCAAGGGCUCUUCUCAAAAAAGUUGGACGUAUAUAGUUUUGCGGUUCUGCUGUUGGAGAUCAUCUAUGGCAGGAAGAAUAGUGGUUAUAUCCAGCACAACACUGUCAAUUUGAUUGGACGUAUUUGGGAAUUGUGGAGAGCAGAAAGAGCCUUGGAUAUAGUAGAUUCAUCCGUUGGUUACUCUUAUGAGGUUUUAAGUGGGACCAUUUGUGACUUCCAUCUAACCUGGAACUGCAUAUUUUCAAAGGAGAAAAGACUUAGUGGGUUGAAUUCCAAGGCAAGCGUCAACCAGAACUUGCACGCGCUGGCUAAAUCCAUAUCCAGUGCAUGCAGGCACCAACAAAUGCUUGCAAACACCAGAAUUUUCUCCCUUUCUGCGGCCUCAGUCGCUGUACUUCUAGCUUCUCCAUGA